UGGUAGCCUUCUGUGAUACAUGUGGCUGCUGAGGCACUGCUUCAAGUCAGCAACGCAUUACGUCAGCGUUUGAAACGCCUAUGGAGAGAGAUCUUGUUUACAUUAUGUGAGGGGAGAUGUUUAAAUUAAAACAAGCUUAAACAAAGGAAUACGAAAAUGGGUUAUUACACAAAACGAUGAUAAACUCGGUUUUGUUAAACUUCCACGCCUGUAUGCACUCUUGACUCUGUGGCUUUUACGUUGUGCAGUAACCGUUGUGCAGUUUCUCCAGUAACCGGUAAACAUUAAAGCAGAUAUUAUUCAAUCAUUUGAACGCCUGUAUUCGUUUCCUUUUCUAAAACAAAAGUUAAACCAUAACACACUAUUUGUUUUUAUUAUUUUUGUGCGUUUUAAAUAUUCGAACCGACCAUUCUUUCCAACGUCAUCCACUUUACACGCCUUUUCGUGACAUAGUACAACACCCGCUGUUUCUGGUGACGUUCCACACAGUGCCUGUCGGGUUUGGGUUUAUUAUGGCGGCGCUGAAGUGAAUGAAAAUGGGUUUCGAUUAAAGUCAGCGGAUUUGUGUGUGUGCGUGUAUGAGACUUGUGAGCUGCCGUGAGGAUGUCGAACAGGACCGCUUAUUUCUACGAUCCCGACGUGGGCAACUUUCAUUAUGGUGGAGGGCACCCCAUGAAGCCACACCGCCUGUCUCUCACCCACAGCCUGGUCCUGCACUACGGGCUCUACAAGAAAAUGAUGGUGUUCAAGCCGUACAAGGCCUCUCAGCAUGACAUGUGCCGCUUCCAUUCGGAGGAUUACAUCGACUUCCUGCAGAAGGUCAGUCCCAACAACAUGCAGGGCUUCACCAAGAGUCUGAACGCCUUCAACGUGGGAGACGACUGUCCUGUGUUUCCAGGAUUGUUUGAGUUCUGUUCAAGGUACACAGGAGCCUCGCUGCAGGGAGCCAUACAGUUAAAUCACAAGAUCUGUGAUGUCGCUAUUAACUGGGCUGGAGGCCUGCAUCAUGCAAAAAAAUUUGAAGCAUCUGGUUUCUGCUACGUGAAUGACAUUGUCAUCAGUAUACUAGAGCUGCUGAAGUACCACCCCCGCGUUCUCUACAUUGACAUCGAUAUUCACCAUGGCGAUGGGGUACAGGAAGCUUUUUACCUCACCGACCGUGUCAUGACUGUAUCCUUCCACAAGUAUGGGAACUACUUUUUCCCAGGGACAGGUGACAUGUACGAGGUGGGAGCUGAGAGUGGCCGGUAUUACUGUCUGAAUGUUCCUCUUCGAGAUGGAAUAGAUGAUCAGAGCUACAGACUCCUCUUUCAACCGGUGAUCAAACAGGUGGUAGACUUUUAUCAGCCUACUUGUAUUGUUCUACAGUGUGGGGCUGAUUCUUUAGGCUGUGACAGACUGGGCUGCUUUAACCUCAGCAUAAGAGGACACGGGGAGUGUGUGGAGUUUGUGAAGAGUUUUAAAAUCCCCCUGCUGGUGCUGGGAGGUGGAGGGUACACAGUCCGCAACGUUGCACGAUGCUGGACGUAUGAGACCUCGCUGCUCGUUGAAGAACCAAUAAGUGAUGAACUGCCUUAUAGUGAGUACUUUGAGUAUUUUGCUCCCGAUUUCACGCUGCACCCGGACGUCAGCACCAGGAUAGAGAACCAGAACUCCAGACAGUACCUGGAUCAGAUCCGACAGACCGUGUUUGAAAACCUGAAGAUGCUGAACCACGCGCCCAGCGUCCAGAUCCAUGACGUUCCCUCGGACCUGCUGAGCUACGAGCGCACUGACGAUCCCGACCCUGAUGAGAGGGGCUCCGAGGACAACUACUCCAGGCCAGAGGCAUCCAAUGAAUUUUAUGAUGGUGACCAUGACAAUGACAAAGAGAGCGAUGUGGAGAUCUGAUUGGCCAGUCCUGAAAAGGAAGUUGAUUCGUGGAUCAAAGAGGAAGUGUGCUUAUGGUCAGAACUGAAUUCAGGAAGGGGCAAAAUAAAUAUUACGUGGCUUUACCUAAAACCCAGAAAAAGAACAUUUCCAUUCCUGUAACGAGGGCUGUAAUGAAAUGAAAACGUGCUUUUGAACCAGUAAACUCAAAUCAAGAAA